AUGGCGCCGACUCCUGAAAACGCUACAUUACUCCAGGGCUUCGAAUGGAACGUGCCCGCAGACCAGAAGCACUGGAAGCGCCUGACCGCGAUCCUCCCAGCGCUCAAGGAAAUAGGCCUUGAUGCCGUCUGGCUCCCUCCGGCUUGCAAAGGAGCAGGCGGCUCGAACGCCAACGGCUACGACAUCUACGAUCUAUAUGACCUAGGCGAGUUCGAACAGAAAGGCUCGAGAUCUACAAAGUGGGGAUCAAAGGAGGAUCUGGACGCCCUUGUUGCCAGAACCGAGGAGACCGGCGUAGGCUUGGUCGUUGAAGUGGAUAAUGACAACCGCAACCAAGACAAAGGCGAGCCCUACGAAAUCGAAGCAUGGCUCGGCUUCGAUUUCCCUGGCCGCGGCGACAAAUACAGCAAGCAGAAGUACCACUGGGAGCACUUCAGCGGGACCGACUACGACGCCGGCAACGACCGCACCGCUAUCUUCCGCAUCGUCGGCGACAACAAGCACUGGUCGAAUUCCGUGGCUGAUGAGUCUGGCAAUGCUGAUUUCUUGAUGUUCGCCGACGUCGACUACGCGCACCCUGAAGUCAUCUCCGAUGUUACUCACUGGGGAGAGUGGGUUGUCAAGACGCUAAAGUUGAAGGGCUUCCGGCUUGACGCUGUUCAGCAUUUCAGUGAGCGGUUCACGAAUGAGUGGGUUGCGAAUCUGGAGAAACAUUUCGGCAAGGAUAAGAUUUUCCUUGUGGGCGAGUUUUGGAGUGGAAAUGUCCAGGAGAUGUUGAAGUGGUUGGAGGAUAUGCACCACCAUUUCACGUUGUAUGAUUCGCCGUUGGUGUAUAAUUUUUCGAGGAUAAGUACGAGUGAGCGAGGCGACUUGCGCAAAGUGUUCGAUGGGAGUCUUGUGCAGGCGCGACCGGAGAGCGCUGUGACGUGCGUUAUGAACCAUGAUACGCAGCCUGGUCAGACGGUUGCGACCAAGAUCGAGGGCUUCUUCAAGCCCCUGGCAUACGCACUCAUUCUCUUGCGGCAAUCGGGGUAUCCGUGCGUGUUCUACGGCGACCUCUUUGGAAUGAAGGGCGAUAACCCAGAGGAGCCCUCAUGCGGUGGAAAACUGGCACAUCUAAUCCUCGCCCGCAAGCUGUUUGCAUAUGGCGAGCAGAACGACUAUUUUGACGAAAACGCGAACUGCAUUGGCUUCGUUCGUCGAGGCACCGAAGAUCGAAAGGCUGGAUGUGCGGUCGUCAUGUCCAACGCAGAUCCAGGCCAGAAGAAGAUGUUCGUUGGAGAAGAGCACAAGGGCGAGAACUGGACAGACCUGCUGGGUUGGCAGACGGAUGAGGUCAAGAUUGAGGACGAUGGAUUCGGGGUGUUCAAGUGUAGCGGAACAAGCGUGAGUGUGUGGGUUGGCAAGGAGGCGGAAGGUCGAGAUAAGGUGGACGCUCUGAAGUUCGACGAUGACAUAUACGCAAUGGCUUAG